AUGAAGUUUGCUGCUGCUACUGGGGCCAUUCCUAUUGCCGGGCGCUUCACUUCUGGAACCAUCACUAACCAGAUCCAGGCAGCCUUCCGGGAGCCUCAUCUUCUGGUGGUUACCGACCCCAGGGCUGACCAUCAGCCUCUGACAGAAGCAUCUUACUUUAACUUGCCCACCAUUGCCCUGCGUAACACAGAUUCUCCUCUGCGCUACGUAGACAUUGCUAUCCCAUGCAACAACAAGGGAGCUCACUCCGUGGGCUUGAUGUGGUGGAUGCUGGCCCGGGAAGUCCUGUGCAUGCAUGGCACAAUCUCCUGGGAACACCUAUGGGAGGUCAUGCCCGAUCUAUACUUCUACAGACAUCCCGAAGGGAUUGAAAAUGAAGAACAGGCUGCUGCUGAAAAGGCUCCUGAAGUUACAGACUGGUCCGAAGGUGUCCAGGUGCCCUCUGUGCCGAUUCAGCACUUCCCUACUGAAGACUGGAGCGCUCAGUCUGCAACUGAAGGCUGGUCUGCAGCCCCCACUGCCCAGGCCACUGAGUGGGUGGGCACCAUCACGGAGUGGUAUUAA